CGUAUUGGUAACGAACUGUCCGCACAAUUCUAUCUCUUUCUAUGUAUACAGUAUACAGACACAACAAUUUUUAUUUCUCACGUAAUAAGAAAUAUUCAGAGGCUGCUGCCAACGUGGAAACUAGUGAUUCAUCGAUGGACGGCGGUGUAGAACCACUUCUUGCUAGCCACCAGAGUGAAGAGGAAAAGGGUAUUUUGGACGGAGAAGAGAAACGCGGGACGACGCGAUACGAGAAGCAAAGCAAUUUUGUUAAGGAUUUUGGUGGGGAAUCGAAGAAACUAUGGAAAAUAGCUGGGCCUGCAAUUUUCACGUCUAUAUGUCAGUAUUCAUUGGGUGCAUUAACUCAAACUUUUACCGGGUUCGUUGGGGAAUUGGAACUUGCUGCUGUCUCUGUUGAGAAUUCUGUAGUUGCUGGCCUUGCAUUCGGAGUCAUGCUUGGAAUGGGGAGUGCACUGGAGACUUUGUGUGGGCAAGCAUAUGGUGCGGGGCAGAUAAGGAUGUUGGGAAUAUACAUGCAAAGAUCAUGGGUCAUUCUGCUGACUACUGCCUGUAUACUGCUUCCUAUUUUCAUCUUCUCUCCUUCAAUUCUCGAGUUCUUUGGAGAAACUACUGAAAUUUCCCAAGCAGCGGGAAAAUUUGCUUUAUGGAUGAUUCCUCAAUUGUUUGCAUACGCAUUAAAUUUUCCAAUUCAAAAAUUCUUGCAAGCACAGAGGAAGCUCCUAGUAAUGGCUGUGGUAUCAGCAGUAGUACUUGUGCUACAUGCAAUUUUUAGCUGGUUGGUAAUAUUGAAACUCAAAUGGGGCUUGGUUGGAGCAGCAGUCACUCUUAAUACCUCAUGGUGGCUAAUUGUCAUUUUACAACUAAUCUAUAUUUUUAUCACCAAGUCGGAUGGAGCUUGGAGCGGAUUCUCGAUGCUCGCAUUUCAAGACUUGUUUGGCUUUGUCAAGCUCUCUAUAGCCUCUGCCAUAAUGUUAUGCUUGGAAUUCUGGUACCUUAUGGUAUUAGUGGUGAUAGCAGGUCGUUUGGACAACCCUUUGAUACCAGUUGAUGCUAUUUCUAUCUGCAUGAACAUACAAGGAUGGGAGGCGAUGAUUCCUCUGGGAUUCAAUGCUGCCAUAAGUGUGAGAGUAUCGAAUGAACUUGGAGCCGGCAAUGCACGAGCAGCUAAAUUUUCAGUCAUCGUGGUUUCCAUCACAUCUGUGUUGAUUGGAGUAGUUUGCAUGGCAGUGGUUUUUUCAACAAGAGAUUAUUUUCCGCAUCUCUUUACCAACAGUGACGCAGUUGCUAAGGAGGCGACUAGACUUGGAAUUCUGCUUGGACUUACAUUUUUAUUAAACAGCCUUCAACCAGUUUUAUCAGGUAAUUAUUAAGGACCUAGCAGCACA